GGGGUGAGGGUGAGGGGAGAGGGUCUUUCUUUCAGAAGAAAAAUACUAUCGCCGUAUCGCUCAGUCCCACCUUUGUGAAUGAAGUGGGACCCUUAGACCCGACGAAAUGGAAGCCCUUAUACCAGUGAUUAACAAAUUGCAAGAUGUGUUUAAUACAGUCGGAGCAGAUGCCAUACAACUCCCACAAAUUGUUGUCGUUGGAACGCAGAGUUCAGGAAAAAGUUCUGUUAUUGAGUCCUUGGUUGGGCGUUCAUUUCUUCCCCGUGGAAUUGGCAUUGUUACCCGAAGGCCUCUUGUUCUUCAGCUUAUUUACUGUCCUAAAGAUGAUCAGAGGCGUUCAGCUGAAGAAGGUACUCUCAAUUUGGAUGAGUGGGGACGCUUCCUCCAUAACAAGAAUAAAGUUUAUCGUGAUUUUGAUGAGAUCAGGACAGAGAUUGAGGCUGAGACUGAAAGAAUGGCUGGUUCCAACAAAGGUAUCUGUCCAGAGCCCAUCAACCUCAAAAUAUUUUCUACCAGUGUUGUGAACCUUACCCUUGUAGAUCUACCUGGGAUCACAAAAGUUCCAAUUGGAGAUCAACCAGAAGACAUAGAGCAUCAGAUCCACUCUCUAGUUGUCCAGUAUACUGGCAACCCUAACAGUAUCAUUCUUGCUGUUGUUACUGCAAACACUGACAUGGCUACUGCAGAGAGCCUUAAACUUGCCAAAGAAGUGGAUCCAGAUGGCCGUCGCACACUUGCUGUGGUCACUAAACUUGAUCUAAUGGAUGCAGGGACUGAUGCCAUUGACAUACUGUGUGGACGUGUAAUUCCUGUUAAGCUGGGAAUCAUUGGUGUUGUCAAUCGAUCUCAAAAGGAUAUUAUGGACAACAAGAGUAUUAAAGAUUCAUUGAAAGAUGAAGCUGCAUUUUUACAAAGAAAGUAUCCAACUCUCGCAACACGUAAUGGAACACCAUAUUUGGCAAAAACCUUAAACCGACUUCUGAUGCACCACAUUCGGGACUGUUUGCCUGAUCUCAAGACAAGAGUCAAUGUGAUGAUGUCACAGUUCCAGUCACUUCUCAAUUCAUAUGGGGAGGAUGUUUCAGAUAAGAGUCAGACUCUUCUCCAAAUUAUUACGAAGUUUGCCUCUGCAUAUUGUUCAACUAUUGAGGGAACUUCACGGAACAUUGAAACCACCGAGCUAUGUGGAGGUGCAAGAAUUUGUUACAUCUUCCAUGAAACAUUUGGCCGUACUCUUGACUCUAUACAUCCCCUUGCGGGCUUAACAAAAAUGGACAUACUUACGGCUAUCCGGAAUGCCACUGGACCCCGCCCUGCUCUCUUUGUCCCUGAGGUGUCAUUUGAACUCCUUGUUAAACGACAAAUUCGUCGUUUGGAAGAACCAUCACUACGCUGUGUGGAGUUAGUUCAUGAAGAAAUGCAGCGCAUAAUCCAGCACUGUGGUACUGAAGUACAACAAGAACUGCUCCGUUUUCCACGUUUGCAUGAGAAAAUUGUUGAUGUGGUUACCCACCUUUUAAGAAGGAGAUUGCCAACAACAAACUGCAUGGUAGAGAACUUGGUGGCAAUUGAACUGGCUUACAUAAAUACAAAGCAUCCAGACUUUCACAAGGAUGCAGCUUUGGUUUCUUCUCUUCUGAAGUCUGUGGAGGAUGAACACCAACAGUCCAGACCAUCAAACAAACGCCCUCAUACAAUGCACUUUGUUGAUAAUAUUGAUAAUGGUUUAAAGGUUGGAGUACAUCGAAGUACCAGUGAAGCAAGUAACUCAGCCGGUUGGCUUGCAUCCAUCAUGCCUAAACCAGAAAACAAAGAUAGUAAAGAUACCUCAAUUGAAAAUACUCCAACUGCUAGUCCUACUCGCUCAGACCCUUCUAAUUCUGUUAAUGGUCCAAUGAAUGGCCCAUCUAAAGGUGUUCCAGCUACUCCCGGUUCAGGUGCUCUUAGUCCUCAAAAACCAGUCAAUUUGUUGCCAGAGGUUCCUACACAGCACAGCAGAAAGCUGUCUGAUAGAGAAAAGCGAGACUGUGAUGUGAUUGAGCGAUUGAUCAAUUCUUACUUUUAUAUUGUUCGCAAGUCAAUUCAAGACUCUGUACCAAAAGCUGUCAUGCAUUUUCUGGUUAAUUAUGUAAAAGACAACCUUCAGAGUGAACUAGUUACACACCUUUACAAAUCAGAUCAAGCAGAAGAAAUGUUGAGUGAAAGUGAGCAUGUUGCCCAGCGCCGUAAGGAGGCUGCAGAUAUGUUAAAGGCUUUGCAGCGGGCUAACCACAUUAUCAGUGAGAUUCGUGAAACUCAUAUGUGGUGAAAGAAACCUAUUUAGAAUCCCAUCCAGGACUGUUCUAAUGAAAUUUUAUACACAAUUUUUUUUAUCACUCUCACAAGAAUUCUUUUAUUUAAUUGUGGUUAAUUUAAAUCACCAGUACAGUGCCAUAUACAUGAUAGAAAUUCAUGAGAACUUAAUUUACCAACUGCCCCAUGCCUCUAUAGAUGUCUAGUUUGGAACAGAUUGGCUCACCUGGAUGGAAUGUGAUUUAAGUGAAUAGUUCAGAUUAAUUGCCUGAUAGGAUAAUUGCAGUUAAUUAUUUUAGUUGAUUCCAAAUACAUAGUUUCCCAUUUCCAGUCAUUGAUAACAGUGAUUAAUCCAUGUUUUGAACCCUGUAGACGUGAUGCUUUUGUAGAUUUUGCCCUGUUUAUUUAAGAGCUGUGUUAGUUCCAGACUACAUAUUUAGGGUCUGGAACCUCGUAUCUUUAAGUUUUCUUGUGUUUUACUGAAGUCUUAAUGUUUACCUUCACUUUUGUCAUGUAUAGCUUACUGAGGUUUUGUGUGAUUAUAUUCCCUUACUUUAUAAUUUAUUGUCAUUUUUUUUAAAGUUCAGAGACUUGUGCUGUAGUAUGCAGGCCAUUUCAGAAUAAAUUUCACCAUAUGUA